UACAAAAAUUCAUUUUCAUUCUUCUUACUACUCUGCCGCUAACUUCAAUUUUUCUUUCUACUGCGAAGUUCACACCUUUCUUUAUGCAUAAACGUGUGAUGGUCUUCUCGUUAAUCGAGUCUCGAAAAUGGUUUACCGUCAAUGGAAGUCAAAGAUUGUGUCGUCCAUUGUCAUCUGUGAAAGUAGGACAUAUGUGGGUACAAAUCAUGUUGAAAUCUAGUGGAGGGAGGAGACCUAAGAAGAAAACGUACUAUAGAGUAAAUGAUCUAGACAGAGUCAUGGAGCUUCAGAAGAAACCGUCAUUGAUUUUACGCUUAAAAUCCAUAAUUCAAUCACAGAAAAACCGAUGCAUCCUUCUUAGAGACCUUGAGAAAGAAGUUGGAUUUGUGCAAAAGUGGAAUUUCAUGGGUAUAAUUGAGAAAUAUCCUUUGAUAUUCCGUGUCGCUGGUGGUAAUAGAACUCCGCCGAUGGUUAUGCUGACUGAAAAGGCUGAUAAAAUUGCAUUAGAAGAAGAUGAAGCAAGAGUGCAAAUGGAACCUAUUUUGGUCAAGAAUCUAAGGAAGUUGUUAAUGUUGUCGAUUGAUUGCACGUUGCCACUGGAAACCAUUCAACUGAUUGAGAAUGAUUUAGGCUUGCCUAGCGAUUUCGAGCAAUCACUGAUUCCAAAAUACCCACAAUUUUUCUCAGUGAAAGAUGUGAAUGGAAGAACUUCCAUUCAGUUGGAAAACUGGGAUUCUUUUCUAGCAGUCACUGUCCGGGAGGAAAAGUUGAUGCGUGAAAGUGUCCCGACUCCAAAAGAAAAGUCUAGAGUAUUAAAAGAUGGAAAUUAUUGUGGUCCUUUUGCGUUUCAAAUGCGUUAUCCUGCAGGAUUUAGGCCGAACAUGAAUUACCUUAAGGAAGUUCAGAAGUGGCAGAAGAUGGAGUUCCCUUCUCCGUACUUGAAUGCUAAAAGAUUUGAACUUUCUGAUCCGAAAGCUCAAAAGAGAGUGGUAGCAGUGCUUCACGAGCUCCUCAGUUUGACUAUGGAAAAGAGGUUGACAUCUGCUCAAAUAGAUGCAUUUCAUUCUGAGUUACGAUUACCAGCUAGACUUUUGCUUUGCUUAAUCAAACAUCAUGGGAUAAAUUUAUAGCACUUACGGGAAGAAGAGAUAUUGAUUCAUGUACCAGUGUUCCUCCGCGGUUUGGUCAAUGAGAUAAGAUAUUCAUGGUUUUCUUACAGUUCUGAAGGAUUAUUUCAAUGACGCAAUUGAGAAUGCUGGAUGUUGUUUUC